AGUGUUGUGCAACAAUUUAAUUAGGGCGUGGCUAUUAAUUUUAUGGGCGUGUCUCGAAACAAGGGCACUCCUCCAAUUCCAGAAAAGAAUUCAGUUGCAACAUUACAUUAGCAAAAAAGCAGAACAGAGUCAUGUCUGACGUGUACUCUAAAGUUGAACUGUCCAUAGAAUGCACUAACCUCAAGGACUUGGACACUUUCUCAAAGAGUGAUCCAGCCGUAUUCCUGUUUCAGAAGAAAGGCAGAGAAUGGAUCAAGCUGGGAAGAACAGAACUCAUUGAGAACAAUCUCAAUCCAAAGUUUGCAACAACUUUUACGCUCAAGUAUCAUUUUGAAGAGAUCCAAGACCUCAAAUUCAUAGUCUAUGACAUUGACGACAAAAAGCAUAUUGAUAAUCCCAAGAACCAAGACAUCAUUGGAGAGAUGACAUGCACACUUGCUGACAUUGUGGCAGCCGGUCAGCGCUACGAAAGAAAGCUGAGACACAAAGGAGAGCCAAGAGGAGGAAUACGCAUAACAGUAGAAGAAGUUCAAGAUUCAAAAUUUGACGUCACGCUUCAACUAAGUGCCUCAAAGCUGGACAAGAAAGACUUCUUUGGAAAAUCUGAUCCAUUCUUUGUGAUAUCCAAAGUACAAGAAGGUGGCGAAUUUACAGUUGUUUAUAGAUCAAAUCCAAUUAUGAAGACGCUAAAUCCAAAGUGGCCUCGUUUCACCAUUGGGUCUCAAAAGUUAUGCAGUGGGGACUGGGACAGGACGCUAAAGAUAACAGUCUCUGAUUGGAACUCUGAUGGUAGCGAGGAUUUGAUUGGGGAAGCUUUGUUUUCACUAAAAGACAUCACCAAAAGAGGAGGGUCAGUAUCACAGGUUGAGCUCAUCAAUCCAGAGCUAAAGAAAAAGAAAAGUAAAUACACUAAUUCAGGAGUCAUCCACUUUGGGUCUGUGUGUACUACACCAGUUCAUAGUUUCAUGGAUUACAUUAAGGGUGGUUGCCAAGUCAGUCUUAUGGUUGCUAUUGAUUUUACGGCAUCGAAUGGCAAACCUACUAAUCCAACUUCUCUCCAUUACAAUGACCCACAGAGAGACAAUGAAUACGUUACUGCAAUAAAGUCUGUGGCUAGUGUUCUGGUGCCAUACGAUACGGACCAGAUGUUCCCAGUCUUUGGAUUCGGUGCCAAAUUCCGUCAAAAUGGAGAAGUCUCGCACUGUUUUCCUCUAAAUUUUAAUCCACAAAACCCUGAAGUAUAUGGCCUAGAGGGUAUUCUUGGUUCCUACUGGUAUGCCUUGAGUAUGGUUGAUCUUCAUGGACCAACUAAUUUCUCUUCGUUUCUUGACACUGCUAAGAAAUAUGCCUCCACUGGUGUGACUCAAGAGAGGCAGCAGUACUACAUUCUGCUUGUUAUAACAGAUGGGGAGAUCACUGAUAUGCAGAAUACUAUUGAUAGGAUUGUGGCUGCAUCAACACUCCCUCUCUCUAUUGUUAUAGUUGGAGUCGGUGGUGCUAAUUUUAGUAAAAUGGAGAUACUUGAUGCUGAUGAUAAUCCUUUGGUUGAUAAGUACAAUAAGAAGAUGGAACGUGAUAUUGUUCAGUUUGUACCACUCAGGGAGUACCAGUCUCGUGCUGGAGCUAACUUCUCUUUAGCCAAAGAGACUCUUGCUGAGAUACCAGGACAGCUUCUUUCUUUUAUGAGAUCCAAAGGCAUAAAACCAAACCCUCCACCUCUGAGAGCACAGCAGAGUUUUAGAGAAGGAGGACCUGGACAAGCACCAUAUCCUAGUGGAGGGCCCGGACAAGCACCAUAUCCCACAGGGGGGCCCGGACAAGCACCAUAUCCCACAGGGGGGCCCGGACAAGCACCAUAUCCCACAGGAGGGCCUGGACAAGCACCAUAUCCUAGUGGAGGGCCCGGACAAGCACCAUAUCCCACAGGAGGGCCUGGACAAGCACCUUAUCCCACAGGGGGCCCUGGACAAGCACCAUAUCCUACAGGGGGGCCUGGACAAGCACCGUAUCCCACAGGAGGGCCCGGACAAGCACCAUAUCCCACAGGGGGGCCCGGACAAGCACCAUAUCCCACAGGGGGGCCCGGACAAGCACCGUAUCCCACAGGAGGGCCUGGACAGGCCCCAUAUCCUACAGGGGGACCUGGACAGGCCCCAUAUCCUACAGGGGGACCUGGACAGGCCCCAUAUCCUACAGGGGGACCUGGACAAGCACCGUAUCCCACAGGAGGGCCCGGAAAGGCCCCAUAUCCUACAGUGGGACCUGGACAGGCACCAUAUCCCACAGGGGGGCCUGGACAAGCACCAUAUCCCACAGGGGGGCCUGGACAAGCAUCAAACUAAUCAAUUUUAUAUUAAUAAACAUUAUUAUUAUUAUAAUUACAAAUAGACAAUAGUGACUUGAUGAUAAAUAAACUUAUAGCUAACAUCACAGUUGUACAUGUA